UCCUACUAUAUAAUAUUAGCAUUAGUAUAUUACUAUGAAAUUCUUCAAAGAAAAUCCCGGAGAAGUAGAGGCUGUUGAUGAUAAUGAUUACAAUGCUACGAGUCAACAUAUAUUCCUAUAUAUAAUUCUCCACUAUAAUUUAUCUGUUUAAAACCCGACCCAUUAUAAAUAACUUCCCACAACUCUCCAUCCCACUAGCUGAGGCCAAAAUCGAGAUGGGUGCAGGAGAUUUUGUGGGCCCGGAAGUUGAAAUUGAAGUUGUGAUGAGUCUGAGAUCAAAAACUCCGGUGGUCGGUUGUGAAAUUAACCCUUCUGUUCGGGUUAGUGGACAUGGGUCGGGUCAGCCUCCUCCACACACCCUCAACUUCACUUGGUACCGUGAGAGGAGUACUGCUGCAACAGACGCCCAGGAAGUCUGCUCCUUGGAAUCACAUUUAUCUGUUACUGAUGCAUCAGAUAUCAACCCCCUUCGUCCUAUUGAUGAGAUGGCACAGAAAAACAAUCCUGCAACCAAUCCUUUGCAUGCUGCUGGUAAUGUAUUGCCACUUGACUUAAGCUAUCACAAUGUGAUUGAUGUUAAAAGAGAAGGAAUAACAUGGAUUAAGUUAGGAUCUUCAAGAUCUUAUGUACCAUCUUCAGAUGAUGUGGGUUUUGCUUUGAAAUUAGAAUGUGUCCCUAUUGACCAUUCAACUGGCGUGCAUUUGUCCCAGGUGUUUGUCGUUUUAACUAAUCCUGUCAUAAUAUUUCCUGCUCCUAGCCCUCGUUCUAUGAUUUCAGUAGGAUCUGCAAAGAAGUCUGAGUGUUCAAGUAUUGAACCACAGUCUAUUAGUGGUAUAAACUUUUCUGUACUCUCGUAUAAUAUCCUUGCCGAUCUAUAUGCUAGUAGGAAUGCCCACCAGAAUACACCUGCUUGGGCGCUUACGUGGGAAUACCGGAGUCAAAAUUUACUUAACGAGCUUAUUGGUUAUCAUGCAGAUAUCGUUUGCCUUCAGGAGGUACAAAGUGAUCAUUUUGAUACAUUGUUUCAACCUGAGAUGGAAAGACAUGGCUAUUCAUCAGUUUAUAAGAAAAAAACCAAAGAGGUGUAUACUGCUAACCAGUAUAUAACCGAUGGAUGUGCGAUAUUUUUCCGCGAUGACAAAUUCAAGCUAAUCAUUAAAUAUGAGCUUGAAUUUGAUAAUCACCUUUUUCCUGUAGUUGACAUGUUGCCACCAAAUCAGAGAAAUGAAGUUUGCUUUCGCCUGAUGAAGGGUAACAUUGCAGUUGUCUUAAUAUUAGAAGCAGUAGGAAAUGACAGUAUGCAGAAUGGCCUGAAGCCCAGGAUUGGUGUGGCAAACACUCACAUACAUGCCGAUACAAAUUUCCAAGAUGCUAAAAUGUUUCAGGUGGUCAACUUCAUUAAAGGACUAGAAGAAAUUUCAAAUUCACAGAUUCCUCUUUUGAUAUGCGGGGACAUGAACUCGCUUCCAAAAAGUGAUCCCUAUAAAUUUGUACGUGAGGGAAAAGUUAGACAUGUUAGCAACAAACUCAGAGAUCCAUUGGGAAUACAGAAACAUAUGGUGUUUAGUCACUCCAUGCGCUUGGCUAGUGCUUAUACGUCACUGGGUCAAUCUGUAAGUGUGGACGGAAAGCAGAAAGCAAAAAUGAACAGUAAAACUGGAGAGCCGAAGUUUACAAACUUUGGUUCAGGACAUCCACGGACUCUAGACUAUAUUUUCUACACAGAUGAUCUAAAGGUCGAAGAGCUAUUGGAGCUUCUUGAUAAGAGGAACAUUGGAGGCCAUGCUCUUCCAUCACCUCUAUGGUCUUCAGAUCACAUUGCACUCAUGGCAAGUUUUAGCUAUAAGCAAGGUUAUAUAAGCCAACAACUUUCAGUACCUCGGAACCCAUGGGAAGGUAAAACCCCUGGAUUAAAAUUACUUCUUAUGGAAGAAUUUGGUGAAGGUAAUGAGUACACUAGCAGGCACUGUAAACUUCUCUCUUAAAAGACCCUGACAACUUCUUGUUUUAUACACCCUUACAGAUGUAAAUAGCAACAGUAAUAAACUAUAUAGGGGUAGAAUAACUAUAUAGAAGAAUGACAAUUUCAUAGUGUCUAUGAAAUGUAUUUAGUCUACUUUUACUUGUCCUUGUAAACACUAACCAAUCUCGUAUAUAGAUGGCCUUCAGAAUCUUACUUUGCUAUUGAUGCAAGACUUGA